AUACAUUUGUCAUGGACGGUCGUUGCAUUUUGUUGGGUGUGUUCUUCUUGAGCAGUUAUGUUGUGGCUGAAGAAGAAUUGCUCAUCAAGACACCGCAAGGGGAAACUUACCUGCUCGGAGGGUACGCUUCGCACGAGCAGUUCUAUUCCGACCUCUUACAAUUGCUCGGCAACAAAUUCAAAAUGGCCGUAGAAGAGCUUCUCCAGUACUCGAAGACCGACUCCAGCAGCUUUUUAUCGAGUAUUGAACCCAAUGAAUACACGUUUUUACAAGUUCUCCAUUCACUCACCACGAACGACACAACUCACUCUAACCAGCUUCUUGAGCUAGCUUCUCUCUUGAAAACUGGAAAAGACCCUAUUUUAAAUAAAUUUACUAGGAACAAUUUCCAAUUUCCAUCCGAUAAGAUGUACCUCAUUGUCGAUGCCAUCGUAAAUGGUAGAUCUAGAGGAUUGGUAACCGUACCAGAACCGAUCAAAGCAGAAGUUGUAAGAAUUAUGGAUUCAUUUCCUUUAAUCACGGAAGCGGCGAGGAGGGGAGACAAGUCUGUUGUUAAUUGGUUGUUAAAGUCACAAGAAUCGAAUUCUGAUUUGACGAGCUGCUUGGAAGCGGCGUGGGACAACGAUCAUCAGGACAUCGUGAAGCUGUUCAUCCACAGGGGAGUCCUCUUGACAUCUGACAAAAUGGACCGCCUAGUCCAUCUCUCGAACGUGGACAAUAACACUCUUUUGCACUCGGCUUCCGAGUCCAAAUCUCCAGAAACGAUUACAAAGCUGCUCCAAGCUGGGGCUGACAUAAACAGCGUUGACUCCCUCAGCACCACCCCGAUCUAUAAGGCCGUGAACAACGGUGAUUUGAAAACAGUUGAGCUGCUUAUCAACAGGGGAGCAAACGUGAACAUAGAAACCACUCUAGGAGAUAUACCCCUGCACGCGGCGGCCGAUAUCGGCGACAUAUCGAUCGCCAGAGCUCUUAUCGAAGCUGGGUCCCUCAUCGACAAGAAGGACACCGACGGACUGACUCCGAUGCAUGUCGCCGAGCACUUCGUCAUCAACGGCGUCUUACAGCUUCUCAGGAGAGCCAACUCCUCCAUACCGGUAGAUACCGAAGAGGAAGUCUCUCUCAUGUAUUCUUCUCUGUCUCAAUAUAACAACAUUAACAAAAGAAAUAACUUAAAUCGCAUAGAUGUAGACUUGUUGGAAUCUAAAUCGCAAAUAGUUGAGUUACUGGUUUACAACGGAGGGAAGACGAGCAUAACAUCAGCUUUGAAGUCAAAGCUAUUGGGACUUGCGAUUGAUGAAGGAAACGAAUUGCUGUCUAAAAUAUUGAUCUACCUCGGAGCAGACGUCACUGCGACUAACGCCGAUGGAGAGACAUUUCUAUUCAAUGCUCUUAGGAGAGGCCACAACAAUAUGGUGUUAUUUUUACUGAAAGAAGGCGUUUAUGUUAAUGCCAAAUCAAUUGACGGGUCAACUGUCCUCCAUGAAGCCGCGAAAAAAGGAGAUUCCAGCAUAGUACAGAUGUUGAUCAAGAGAGGCGCUAACGUCAACGAAACAAACGUUGAAAAAAGAACGCCUUUGCACGAAGCAGCUGCUACCGGAAGCCUCUCUGUGAUCCACUUCCUGAUUGACAAAGGGGCGGAUGUUAAUGCUCGGGAUUUCAAAGACAGGACUCCUCUGUUAUUAGCAUCAACAGCAGGUCACAUAACCGCCGUCAAUGUGCUCUUCGCGAGGGGCGCCCAAUAUGUCGACCAAGGUCCAUCAGGAACACCAAUGGCGGAAAAGCUUCUCGAAGCAGCUUCCAAUGGUAACUUGGGAUUGGUCAAUAAAUUUCUCGCAAGUGGCGUCAGCGUGAAUGCCAUCGACGAGGAUCACCAGACUCCUCUAUACAGAGCGGCGACGGCAGGACACGUUAUUAUUGUCAGGGUUCUUUUGGACAGAGGUGCUGAUAUCAACACAAAAACAAAAGCUGGUAAAUGGAAUGCAUUGCACGCAGCAGCGAGAAACGGAAACACUUCGUUGAUCAAACUUCUUUUGGAAAGGGGAUUGGAUGUCGACGCUAAGGCUGAAGAUGACAAGACUCCACUGUUCGAGGCCUCGCAUUGGGGCCGUGCUGCCGCCGUGAGCCUUCUCAUCGAGAGAGGAGCUGACAUCUCGGCCAAGACAAAAGCCGACGGUUGGCUGGCCAUCCACACCGCAGCGACCAAGGGCCAUGAGCAGAUUGUCGACCUCUUCCUCCAAAGAGGUGUCGACAUAGACGUCACUAACUUUGAUGACAGAACUCCUCUGUUUGAGGCUUCGUAUUGGGGACACUACCCGAUGGUAGUUUUCUUAAUCAAUAGAGGAGCCAAUGUUCGUGCUAGGACUAAGCAAGGGAGUUGGUUGGCGAUACACACCGCAGCUCACAGAGGUCAUGUUGAAAUCGUUGAACUGUUCCUCGACAGGGGAGUCGAUAUCAAUGUCAACGAUAUUGAAAACAGAACUCCACUUUUUGAAGCCUCUUUCCAGGGCCAUGAGGCGGUGGUUAAGCUGUUACUGAGCCACGGUGCGGAUAUGAGGUUGCAGAGCAAAAGUGGUUUUUUGCCAAUCCAUGCUGCUUCUCAGGGAGGGCAUCUUUCUAUAGUAAAACUUUUCGUCCUCUAUGGCGUUGAUAUCAAUGCCAAGGAUAAUAAUUAUGAAACCCCACUCUACGUAGCUGCCACUUGGGGGCAUGACCAUAUUGUGAAGUUUUUGAUCGAAAAAGGUGCCGACAUAAACAUCCGGUCGAAGGAUGCUGGUUGGUUGGCUAUUCAUCGCGCUGCAUCCAAUGGUCAUCUUGCCAUAGUCAAGCUGUUCCUAGAAAAAGGAAUGGACGUGAAUGUAAAAGAAACACUCGAUGAAAGAACACCAUUGUUUGAAGCUUCUCAUUUGGGGAACAGUGAUGUUGUUAAAUUUUUGAUUGACAAUGGAGCCGACAUUUAUGCUAAAACGAAAAAAGACGGUAGGACGGCGAUGCACACGGCUGCGUACUCCGGUCGCCUUUCUGUAGUCCAAAUGUUCCUCGACAUUGGAAUGGAUAUAAACGUCCAGGACAGUGAUAACACUACCUCGUUAUUCCAUGCCACCCGCCAGGGACAGGUCGAUACGGCUCAAUUCCUCGUGGAGAAGGGAGCUGACGUAAACAUGAAGACCAAGGAUGGUUUUAUCCCUUUACACGCGGCUUGUCUUGCGGGCUAUCUGUCAUUGAUAAAAAUAUUUCUCGACAAAGGAGUCGACGUGAAUGCGAAAGCCAAUGGCGAUAAAACGCCUUUGUGGGAAGCCACGUUCUGGGGGCGGACGGAUGCCGUGCGGUUAUUGAUAAGUCGAGGUGCUGAUAUCGAAGCUAAAAUGAAACCAGGAAAUUGGAGACCUCUUCAUGCUGCAGCUUCCAAAGGACACUCAGAUUUAGUGAUGAUAUUCAUCGAUAAAGGUGCAGAAAUCAAUGCCAGAAAUGAUGAGGGCAAGACACCAUUGUAUGAAGCGGUAUUUUGGAACCAUUUCCAAAGUGCUAAGAUACUGAUUGAUAAGGGUGCUGAUAAAAGUACAAAAACUAAUGCAGGCGAAUCUCUAAUAGAUUUAGCAGUUUCUAAAGGAGACGAUAGCAUAACCAAACUCUUAAAAAAUUAAUUAGUUUUGUAGUAUAUUAUAUCCUGAUUAAUCAGCUUGUCAUCCUAAUGUUGCUUAUUUUUAUGUUUAUAUUUAUUUAUUUGCUAAUUCUAACCUUUUAAAUCUCCCUCCUAGUCUUAUUUCUGGCAUAAAGGAUUUUCAUGUGUGUGGCGUUGCUGCCAAUAAUAACUGUUUCUUAUUGGUAUGUACAGGAAUAUGAGAGGCUAAUAAUUUAGGUAUUAUAUACUGCAGUCCAAUGCACGUCGAUAUAACAUAUCUUCGCUUGCCAUCUGAUAUGCACAUCUACAAGGAUUUUACAUAAAGUAGGCCUGGAUAGACAUAAAAAGCUUUGUACCAUUCUCGAACGAAAAGAAACAUUAAAAAAAUAAAUCUAGCUACAGGAAGCUCGUUAUUAUCAAGUACUUCAAAAUAAAUGGUUAGAAAAUGGUACAACAGCUUCUCUAGAAGCAAUUAUGAACACAACCACAUUUACUUCGCUCGAACCCGUUGAGUAACAGCAUGCACAAUAAUCACAAGUUA